ACUCCCGUAGACGGUUAUUUUUAUAAGGUAAACUACUAGUGUAUCAAUCAUAUCGGUGAGCAGGAACCUGUGCAUAGCACAGGAAUGCAUAUUCAAGACUUCAACAGAUCUUGACUGACCGCACUCUAUAUACAAGCCACCAAAGAGGAGCCUCUCCUAGUCCUCGACGUCGUUUCGAUGAAUGCACCAUGCGCCAAGUGCGCUCUGAUGACGAUGAGCCUGGCCGAUUGUGAAGACUUCGACCAACCAGCAUCAUCUAUCCCCUCCCCUUCUGCUGUCCAGUAUUCUGCACUUAUCGGUACGUCCAUGAUGGAAUCGUCAUCGUUAUUCCCGCAUAAAAGAAUGGCUAGUAGCCUGGACCAACAAAAAUGGCGGUCCUGCUUGUAUCCUCGACAUCAUCACGCCAUGGAAGAAGAUAGAGAAAAAGAGUAUAGCUUUCUUGUUUCUCGUGCUGUUACGCAGAGACUCGAUGACGAUGACCUGAGCGAUUCAGAGAUGUUGGACAAGAAAAUGUCGAGAAGAAAGGAUGUGGCGGUGGACACGGGCAACGAGCGUGAAAAUGAGGGUGAAGGUGAGGAAGAGGAAGAGUGGAUCCUUCGAGAUCGAAUCUUCUCCCGCAAAAGAAUCAGGAUGAGAGUCGAGGGUGAUUUAGGGAGGAAUUGGUCCACGUUUCUCGACGAUGUCCGCACCAAGAGAUCCCGUCAGCACAGCAGUGUUGAACAACAUUCCCACGCCAGUGACAGUACCUCCAUGCUACUUCAGCCAACUGUUUAUACGCCCCCUCCUCCACCUCUUUCCCCACCACCACUACCGCCCGAAGAAGCAGUGCACAGGGCAGGUUUAGCUAUAUACAACCUCAAAGCUAUGCAGCAGAACUGGUCUACUCUCGGAGGCGAAAAUCAGCGUCUCGGGCAGCAAGGGAAAGUCAGUCGUAGUGGGGAUGAUGACGGGGCUGCGUAUUGGUCAAGGAGAGAGAUUGAAGAUUUGUUGACAUUCAUGUUUUGA